AUGGUUAUCAAUUUUGGUGCGGGGCCGGCGAAAUUGCCAGAAGAGGUGCUGAAGAGCGUACAGGAAAGUUUACUUAACUGCAAUGGUAGUGGUGUAUCCAUUAUGGAAAUGUCGCAUCGUUCGCAAAACUACGCAAAAAUACAGGAUGCGGCCAUUAAUGACUUGCGGGAAUUACUCAAUGUUCCUGAUAACUAUAAAAUAUUGUUAAUGCAAGGGGGUGGAACCGGACAAUUCGCUGCAGUUUGUCUUAAUCUCAUGGGUCGUACAGGAACUGCAGACUAUGUGGUAACAGGUGCAUGGUCAGCAAAAGCAGCAAAAGAGGCUGCACAAUAUGGCAAAGUUAACUUAGUCUUACCCAAAAUGUCUAACUAUACUAGUGUACCAAGACAAAGCAGCUGGACAUUAGAUCCAAAUGCCUCUUUUGUUUAUUAUUGCGAUAAUGAGACAGUGCACGGUGUUGAGUUUGACUUUGUGCCGGAAAUCGCAAAUGGUGUACCAUUGGUGUGCGAUAUGUCCUCAAAUUUUCUUUCGCGUCCCAUAGAUGUUAACAAGUUUGGUGUCAUUUUUGCUGGUGCGCAAAAAAAUAUUGGACCUGCAGGUACAACUGUAGUUAUCAUACGAGAAGAUUUGAUUGGUCAUCACAUGCCGAACACACCCUCAAUUUUAAAUUUUUCACUCAUGGACAAAGAAAAGUCUUUGUUGAAUACACCACCAACAUUUGGUAUAUAUGUGAUGGGACUUGUAUUUCAGUGGGUGAAAAGGAAUGGCGGAUUAGCUGGCAUGGCAACAAAUGCUGAAAUUAAAUCAAAACUUAUAUAUGAUGUAAUCGAUAAAUCUAACGGGUUCUAUAGUUGCCCAGUCGACACUGCAGUACGGUCGCGCAUGAAUAUACCAUUCCGUAUCGGUAACAUUACAGGCGUCGAAGAAUUGGAGAAGAAAUUUUUAAGCCAAGCUGAAGAUGAGGGCAUGAUUCAACUAAAAGGGCAUCGCUCAGUGGGUGGUAUUAGAGCUUCUCUGUAUAACGCAAUGACUGUUGCCGAAACCAAACUUUUGGCAAAUUUAAUGUUAAAUUUCUAUGAAAACAAUAACAAAUAAUUCCAUAUAUUUUUUGACAUAAUA